GGACAGGGAGGAAAGAAGGGCAAAAAGGAAGAGAAAGAAAAGAAAAGGAAAAAGAACAGGCAAAAUGACGAUCAAUAUUGCGGCCGUGACCACAGGCGCCUUUCUAGGCCUGCUGGCCCUUGUCGCCCUCGUCGCCUGCGUGCCACCCAUCACGAGGUUUCUGGGUGACCUCUUCUGCUGUCCCUGGAGGAUUCCCUUCACCAAGAGAAAACGCCUCAACGACGACGAGGACGUCGACAAGAGCGAUCUUCCGUACUCGACGGGGGAGCCUCGGCCUGGCACACCGGUGGAUAAUGCUGGGUAUCAGCGAACAUCGCAGGCCAUGAUGUCGGCCAUCAGCGUCGUCGACCCAGAGACAGCAAAGGAGCACAUGCGCCGCAGUGCAGAUUACCGUCGCUCACACAGCCCAAACGGCAGCGACUGGCGCCGUUACGACCCCUACAACGCCCAGUACGGCCGUGACAACAGCCCACCCGCCGGAGAAUAUCACCAGGCCAGCGACGCCGCCUCUUCUGGCCAUCUUCAACCUUAUCAUCAUCAACACCAACAACAACAACAACAACAACAACACCUCCAAGUCCCACCGCACGGAGGGAGCAGCAGCAGCAACAACGGCUGGAGGCCAGCCCCCUCGCCUGAGAGGACGACCAACUAUCCUCCCAGCACAGACUUGUCGUCGUCAUCGCCCUUGUACCGCGGUGGCGGUGCAGACACGUACCAUAACGAUGCGUACAACUCGCCCGAGUACAACGCGAGCGAUGCGUUUGCCGAGAGCUAUGUCGAUGUGCAGCGGCCUGCGCCUUCGCAUGUGUAUACGCCACCUGAGAUGAGCAUGCACGGGCAGGGCCAGGGGUACUUCCCGCAGAAAGCCUAUCAUAGCCAGCAGGAUGGUGCAAGUCAACAACAGCAGUGGACUAAUAAUCAUACGAUGAUGGAUGGUAUUGAUGGGGAAAGGGGUACUGAUUUUAGAAGCCCGAGGGGCCCCCGUUCCGAGCUGAGCCGCGUCUGGAUACGCCGAGCAAUCAUGGCCGGAGAGUCUGUUUAUGCCGCCCUUGGUCUCUACCAGCCAGACAAUCUCAUGGGCUUAUCAACACCAGCCAUGAUGCACUACACAGGGUGA